AUGGCUAGAAGUCACAAUGACAUUGCGCUCACUGAGCAAGCAGAAAAGCUUUACAGGCCAUAUUACAUAAAAGACGCACUGCUGGAGGUCCUGGAAAAUUACAACGUUUCAUUCUCGGCACUGAUGCUUUUUCCGUGCGAAUUUCUACAAAGAAUGGAAUCCCAAAAGGUCGCCAGCCCUUCCGUGCCACACACUUCUAGAGAGCCGACUGGUCAGGAACAGCAAAUGACAACUCUACAACUGCAGACCUAUCCAAGACACCAUCAUUUCUCCGGUUCAAAUUGCUCUCCAAAGCCUCCGGAUGAGCUUCGAGCAAGUCGGAUUCCGAAUCACCGAAUGAUCACAGAGACCGCUGUGUAUUCAUUCAAAGCUGAGGGAUAUGCAGAUGGUGAUUUAGGAGUGAACAAACGUGGAUAG